AUGACCUCACCUCCGAAGAAGUUCAUCGAAGACGAGGUCGAGUUCCUGGCAGAUGUUGCUGCAUUUCAUGAGAAGCGAGGGACUACCUUCGACCGUGAGGGCAAAGUCAGUGGACGUCCCAUCUCCCUACACAAGCUGUAUCGUCUGGUCAUGGAUCGCGGUGGCUAUGACGCCCUAUCUGCCGAACGCAUGCAAUGGAGAACUCUGGUGAAAGAAUUUGGUGUUGGGAAAAACCACGAAGCCGUUAUGACAUUUCAACUCAAAACCGUGUAUUACAGAAAUCUGGCCGCAUAUGAGAUCGAGACAUAUUGGGGCGAAAUUCCUCCUCCUCGGGAAAUUCUUGAGGACAUCAGUGCAAAGGGAGGUGACCUACGUGCACGAACCCUUGAGAACUUUCCUACCCCCAACACUCCCAAUUCACGUUCCCUUGCCCACCACGGGCUGGACGGCACCAUCGAUGCAGACGCACAGGAAUCCGCAGAUGAGGACAAGUUGACUACGCCGAAGCGUGAAAAACCAGAGCCCGAAGAACUAGGAAGUGCUGGACGAUAUCCUACUCGUCAACUCAGACAGGACCCUAAACGCACCCAAAUGUACCAGCCAGAUUCCCUUCCCGCGAGAGCCCGAACCCUGCGUGCCACUGAUUCCCCAUCCACGCCAACCGCGCCGCAACAACCUCAACCCAGUGGUAGCAUAGAAGAUCCUAGACACCCAGCAUUUGACUGGUAUGAGCACUACAAACCCAAGCAAUCUCUUGCUCUGACGUUGCGGCCUCACCUGACUCCGGGCAACAACCCCAUUGAAUUCUACUCCCGCAAAGCCCAACGUAAAGCACAAACUAAGUCGCGUCUCACCACGAAUCAGCAGCAAAACUUACGCCCCUUUCUGCCGAACCAGAUGAAUGGUCCAAGCAUUUAUUUGAGGUGUCUGUAUGGUUUGCGCUCCGGGGUGGCGAGUGAACAAAAGUUUGCACUGCAUCAUCUUGUUAAGGUCUCGUAUGAGCGCGGGGAUAAAUACAAAUUCGAGGGCUUCCCAUUCCUUGCUGAAUCUCUGGUCGAGAAAGCCCUAGAAAUCACUCAGCUCGCCACUGGAGUCAGAUGGACGGUCACAUAUGGCGAAGAUGAUGGGGAUUCCCCUGCGAAUACCUUGAACGCGGCUUUUGGAACGUCCAACUUGCUUGAACGAAUACAGUUAUCACAUGUUGAUUCAACCGAGGUCGUUGAAACCGAUGAGUCGUCGGAACGUUUGGAGAGACUGAAGGAGGCCGCAUUGGUCUUACGCAACAUGGUAAUACUCGAGGAAAAUGCUCUUUUCAUGUCCAAAUUUCCCAUGUUCAAGGAUUUCCUCACCAUUGCUGUCUCGCUUCCCGAUCAACCUAGACUGGCAGAAUUCAGACAGUCGGCGCUAGACAUGACCGAGCAGGUCUCCCGAUAUUGGCCAAUCACGCCUAUCGAUCCACUCUACCUCUCUCUGAUCCCUCUUCUCGAAUCCAAUGACAGAUCAGUGCUCAUGUCAGCUCUGAGGUCCAUCAACAGAAUGGGUAUUGCAACCCAGGAAGUUCAUCAACUGACUGGAAUCCCACUCUCGACCAUUGAGAGGCUCUUUUCAAUGAUUCUUUUGGAGUCCGAUGUGGAGCUGUUGGAGGCAACCUUGACAUUUCUGUACGAAUAUACCGCCACGCCGGAUAACAAUACCGAGUUACUCUCGUCUCAGUCUCACCUUCUUCCCUCCAUGAUCCCGCGGUUGAUCAAUCUGUUGUCAUAUCAAGCUUCAGUCACGAUCGAAAAUGUUAUGGGAGCACCCUCGCCUGAAAAGAUACCUAUUACGUCGGUGAUACCCAGCAUCCCACCAGAUCUUCAUGCUCAACUGCUGGGGUUCCCCGAGCCUGAACGCUCCUCCAAAUGGCUCAGAUGUUGUUUUGAAGAAUCACCGACUGAUGAUAUUACACAAAUUGCAAUCUGGCAGGCAUACCAGGGCCGGUUUGCUCAAAACAACCCCAUUCCAGCUGCUGAAUUCAUUAAGAAUGUCUCAAACACUUUCACCACGGCACAAGCCCAAGUCAUCAACGGUAGCACACCGCGAUUCAUCAUCAAGGGGAUCAAGCCGAGGAGGGUGUUAGUUGACCUAGAUAGGAGACUCCGUUUCUUCAAGUGCUUGUGGGAAAUUGGACGGUUAGAUCCGACCGAUCCUGCCAGUCGCAAUAACCAGAAGAGCUCCUUGUGUGGCCAAUGGUACUCAAGCCGCGAGAAUGUUUGGAAUCAUGUGGUCAAUGAUCAUUUGCGAGUUCAACGAACAGCCGAUGGUCGUUUUACAGCGAGUACGCUUGGGUCGUGGACAUGCCGAUGGACUCUUUGUGGCCGAGCGCACCCCUUCGCCAAAGCUAGUGACAUUGGCUCGCACAUCCAGGUCCAUAUCCCAAAGACACCGGAGGGCAUGUCUGAAGUGGUUCAUGAAUUGGCCAACGUGGGUAAAAAGCCAGAGCGCAUUAAUACGAAACAUGCAUACCAAUACACCUUGAUGGAUCAAUCCAAUCAUCCUGCUGGUAUACCCUGGAUGAGUGUGAUGAUUCUUCGAAAUCUGGCACGUUACGCAAACAAGCCCCAAGGAAAUCAAUUUGAGAAAGAUGGCUCUCCUCUUGUGGAUCAGCUGUUUGGUGGUCACAAGUACGCGCUGUUCAACAUUAUGAGUGUCACUCGUACCUUACGUGACUAUAUCGUGGACUUGGUGUACAUGAUUGAGCAAAGUGAGCGUGCGCAGAAACGAGGCGUCAAGAGAGAAUAUGAGUCAGACGAGGAAGAGACGGGCGUGUAA